AUGUCGCAGUUUCCUUAUACUCCUUUUGAAAUUGCUGCUUUUGUAGCUGAAAAACUAUCAUUUUCUGGUUUCAAAGGACUACUAUUAACAGAAUUAUGGAGUUUUAUACAAGAAAAAUUCAAUCAAGAAUUAGAAUUAGAUGAUUUUCAAAAACAAAUUAUAUGGAAUUGGUUGUUUUUUGAAUUAAGAGAUGGUAAAAAUAAUGAUGAAGAUAUUAAAUUUUAUAUAACAUAUGAUAAAGAUCCUGUAACUAUUGAAUCAAGUUUUGAAUCAUUUUUAAAUAAACAAGAAAAUCCUGAAAAUUUAAGAGUUUUACCAACUGAUGAAACUCAAGUAUCAUUUUUAACUGGUGUAUCAAAUAAUAAAAAAUAUAUAUCAACUUUAGGAGCAUUUCCUUAUCAAUUAUUACAAGAAAUUGCAAGACAUGGAUCAAAAGGAACUUGGGCAUCUGAUUUAACUUAUGCAACAGGUCAAGAUAAUAGAUCAAUGACUGGUCGUUUGAAUAAAUUAGAAGAAGCUGGACUUAUAACUAAAGAAUCUAAAUUUUAUACCGAAAAAAAUCAUCAUAGUACAUGGGUAGUACAUUAUAAAUUUGCAGGAUCAACUGGUUUAAAUAAUGAAAUUGAAGAUAAUUCAAGUAGAUCUCCAACAAAAUUAAAAGAAUUUAUAAUGAAUAAAUUAAAAGAAGCAGAAAAUAAUAUUAGAAUAUUUAGAGAUUUAAAAGUUGAAAUGAAUAUGCAUAAAACUCAUCAUUGUUCAAAAUUAUUUGGAGCAGUUACUGAAAAAUUAGUUGAUCGUGGAUAUAUUGAAAGAAUAAAUGUUGCUGAUCAAGAUCAACCAGGUAGACAUCUAUAUGCUUUAAGAAUGUUAAAAGAAUUACCUACUCAAAAUCAAGAUGAUAUUACUGAAACUUUAGAAGUAUUGAAACAAAGUGAAGAAAUAAAUAAUGAAUUUGAUGAAGAACAAGAGGAUGAAGAAAAUUCUACUGUUGUUACAUUUACUGAUUUAUUUCCAAUACAAACUCAAAUGUUUUAUACAAUAAAAUCUUCUGGUAAAUAUGGUAUAACUGCUAAGAAUGCACUUACUCAACUAUUAGGUGGAAAUAAACAUAAAAUUUGUUCAAGACUUUUGGAAUUAGAUGUUGGAUAUCUUUUAAAAGAUGGUAAAUUAGAACCAUUGGUUGAUUAUCCUGAAGAAGAUAUGAGAACUGCACUUGUUAAACAAAGUGAAUCUGAAGGUAAAGUUAAAUUUUAUAGAUAUUAUGCUAAAGAAAAUAAUAAUGGUCCGUUGAUGAAAACACAUAAGAAGACAAGAACUGAGAAAGUUGAAUUGAGAGGAACACUACAGGAAUUGGAAAAGAAACAUUUUCAAAAACUUGAAUCAACGGUCCCUGGUGCAUUAUUACCAAUACCUGAAUUCAUUAAACCAAAUACUGAUUCGAAACCCCAAGUUGAAACUAAAGUUAACAAGAGUACUGAUUCAAAACCCAAGAAGGAAACAAAAGUUAAAAAAAGUAAAAAGAAUGCAUCUGCUGAGACUAUAGAAGAUUCAGAAAUUUCAAAUGAAACCAAGAAGGAAACAAGAGGCAGAAAAAGAAAAAAUGCAUCUGUUGAAACGACUGAAGAUCCAGAAAUUUCUAAUGAAACCAAGAAGGAAACAAGAGGCAGAAAAAGAAAAGAAAAGGCAUCUGUUGACACGACGGAAAAUCCAGAAGUUUCAAAUAAACCCACUAAACGGAAAAAAACCAAAAGACCAGUGGAUGUUGAUGAUAAAGUUGAAAAAGUAGAAGAGCAACCAAGAAAAAGACCAAAACGUACAACAAAAAAAUCAAAAGUAAUUACGGUUGAAGAUGAAGAUUUAGAUUUGGACAAGAAUGAUGAGGAUUUAGAUUUAGAUAAAAAUGAUGAAGAGUUUAAAUUAGAUGAAAAUGAAAAAGUUAGCUCCAAAGAAGUUCCAAAAAAUUCAUCACCAGAAAAUGUGGAAAAUGGAGAAACCAUAGAUGAUAUUGAAAGUACAACUGAGCCAACCUCAGAUCUUGUGAAACCAGAACCACCAUUACCAUUAGAUACAUCAACAACCAUCGAACCAGAACUUAAUACCGAAAAUGCUGAAUCCACUGAUAUAAAAAGUAACAAUAUGCAAGAUUCAACCAAUUCAUAUACUCCAAAACUUAAAAAUACAAUUAAUACUAAACCAAGAUCAUUUAAACAAGAAAAUUCAAAAUUAAAAACUUCAGAUAUUACAAGUGAUUUUAGAAGAGAAAAAUUUAUUGAAUUAAUUAAAGAAUUAGGUGGGAUAACAUUUACAAGUGCAAAAUUAUCAAGAGAAUUAUCAAAAAAAUUAAAUCCACCAAUUGAACCAGAUCAAAAAACUAUAUCAAGAGAUUUAAAAAAAUUAAAAGAUGAAGGUAAAUUAGAAAUUCAAGCGUUUACAACAUUACAAUAUAAUAGAGAAAUUAAAAGAAAUUUAAUUAUUUUAACUAUACCUGAAUUUAAACCAAGUGAUUCAAAAAUUGAAGAAUUUAAAAAAAGAAGUUUAAAUGAUUCCAUAAGAAAAGAAAGAAAAGAAUUAAAAAUUCCAAAAGUUGAUGAAUCUUAUGUUUUAUUAAAUUCAAAAGAAAAUUUGAAAAGGAAUGGAAGUAGAUUAGAUUCAUUAGAUGUUUCAAAAGUUGCAAAAGUUAAUAAAAACACGAAAAAGCAAAAUCCAAAAGAUAAUAUGAAUGAAUUUGAAGCUUUUAUAUCUGGUGAACCAAUUUAUGAAAAUUUAGAAAAUUUUGAAGCUGGAAUUAUAUCAAAAGGGAAUAAUAAAUCAACACAACGAGCUAAGGCUAGAGAACAACAAAGAUUACAAAAUGCAAUGCUUGAUAAUUAUCCAACUCAAUUUGAAUUAGAUGAUGCAACAUCGUUAUUUAGAUCAAUAUGUAUAUGUAAAACAUUUGAUAAAAUUUCAAUUGAUUUUGAAGAAAUUGCAAAAACUUUUAAUGUUACAAAUAUAAAAACAAUAAAAAGGUUAUGGACAUCAAUAAGAAGACAAAUUGGUGGGAUGUCAGCAAUAAAUAAAGGCAUUGAAGAUUUUGAAAAAAUUGUAAGCAAGGGAAUAAAUGAAGGUAUAGUAAGAUUAAAACAUCUUAAAAAAAUUGAAUUGCCAUUUUUUUUACAUCUUUGGUCAAAUUCAGAUGCUUCAAAAAUUGAAAUUAAAGAUAAAAAACCAUUAUAUAAUUCAAUGAAAGAAAAUAUGAAAAUUUAUAAAAGAAAACAAUAUCAUGAAAAUUUUAAUUCAAUAUUUGAUCAAAUUGAAAAUGAAUCAAUGAAACAAAAAGAAGAAAUAUUAGUAAAUACUCCUUUUUAUAUUAAAAAGAAAGAUGCAAAAGAUUUAAAACCAAAUCCAUUAGAUGAAAUAAAAUCAACUAUAAAAUCAAUUAUAAGAUACGCAGAACAAGAAGAAUUAAAUAAAUAUGAAAAUAUUUUAAGUAAAUUUGAUUCCAAAGAUGUUGCAGAAUCUUAUAAACAAUUAUUAGAAGAUGGAGAAAUUAUGAAUUUAAAUGAAGAAAAUAAUGAUACAACAAUAAAUAAAUUAAGAAUUACAGAAAAAUGUUAUAAUGGAUUGUUAUCAAAUCAACUAAUUAAUCAGUUUUUUAAAGAAUCAUCACAUUUUGAAGACAAGAUUAAUGAUAUUAUAUUACAAAAAAAGGGAUUAAUUAUAUCACCACUUAUAGAAGAAGGUUCAUUAGCUAAAUUUAUAAAUCUAAUUAUUCAUAAUAAAAUUUCAAUUAUGCAUAUUGAUAAAAAAUCUGAUUAUUUUGGUUAUGAAUCAAGAUCAAUGGAUAAAGGUCAAUUAGAUUGUGAUUUAAUAACUUUUAAAAAGAAAGAAGAAGGAAGUGAAGCAGUAGAAGAAAAUGAAUCAAUUAAAAAUAUUCCAGUACCUUUAAAUCAACCAUGUUCUUAUUUAUGGAUAGAUAUAAAUGGUUCAAUUGAUGUGGAUUUAUGGAAACAAAUUUUAUCAACUAUUUUAUAUAUUAUAAAUUUUCAUCCUGGUAUUACAAAACUGAUAAUUUAUAAUAAAUUAAAAUAUUUAAUUACUAUUAGUGAAUUUGAAAUUGUAUUAAAUUGGUUAAUUAAAUCUAAUGUUUUAAAAGUUGAGGGAUCUGGUAUUUGGAUUAAGUCUAAUUUUUUAAAUAUUUUAGGUAGUGAAUAA